ACUUUCACGCGAGCAGUGCACAUUUUGAGCAAAAUGUACAGGCUCUUAGCAUUCGCCUUUGUGUUCGCGUUGGCCGCGUGUCAGCAACAAGAAGGAGCAAGACGUGUUCCAAAAUAUGCGGGUGACCCUAAAACAGCCGCAAUUGUGCAAGAAGCUCGCUAUCUCAGUGGAAAUGGUGCCUUCGGCGCUGCUUACCAACAGGAAGAUGGUAUUGACUUUAAAGAGGAGACAGACGCUGAUGGCAACAGGAAGGGAAGCUACUCGUACAUCGACCCUACAGGACAAAGGAAGACAGUGAACUAUAUAGCUGGUAAAAACGGAUUCCAAGCUAUCGGGGACCACAUUCCCACAGCUCCUCUACCUGUAGCUCCUACCCCCGGUUAUCAGCCAGACCCUCGUUACAAUUCUCCCGACUACAAGUCACCACAAUACAGUGCACCCCAACAGUAUUCCGCCCCUGUAGCGCCUCGUAAUUACGGCGGUAAACCCAGUGUCGAUGAUGGACAAUACCACCCUGAACUAUACGAAAAUGAUAACUAUGUUGCACCUCAACAGCAAUACCAAUCUCAAUCUCAAUACCAACCUCAGCCUCAAUAUCAACCUCAACCUCAAUACCAACCUCAACCUCAAUACCAACCUCAACCACAAUACCAGCCCCAGCCUCAACCCCAAUAUCAAUCUAACAACAUCUACCCAGGAGUACAACAAGCUCAGUACAGUGGAAUCCAGUCGCAACAAUACAAUUCACAGCCAGCCCGUCAAGAUUAUUACGAUGCCACCACACCGCCACCAUCCCGAUUCUUCCCACCAGGAAAAUUCAGCCUAAACCGCGCACCUGAUGGUUACACUUACUCAUUCCACAAAGUAUAAAUAUAACUUUGAGAAUAAGGUCUCGGCAUUUCGUUACGCUUAAAGUAGAAAAACAUGCAUACUUUAAUAAUUUGCCGAGUCAUGUGAGGGGUAACGCGGCGGGAACGUGCUUGCCUGCUUCAAUAGCAUUUCUUGAUUGUUGUUUGCUGUGAUAUUGUGUGUUAAUGGAUAAAGAAUAAGGGUACCACAAGUGCUGUUAUCAGAGACGGGAUACAACGGAAUGAUUAUAAAUACAUACAAACUUGUAAAUAAAUUUUUUAAUGUAAUUUUUAUUAUAUCAUCGAUUUUUA